CUAACAGCUCCCUGCCCGGCCCCUUUCCAGGCUGAGCCCCAGACGGCCCUUCAGAGGAACUCAAGAUUGCAUAAUACUCUUUUUAACGUCUGACGUAUAAGAGUCGACCCUCUCUUACUUUCUGCCUAUAUGCUGUUCUGAAGUUCGUCCUCAGUGCAGGUCAACAGAAUAAGAACAGCUCCGGUACGAUGGCAGCCUUUCUUCAUCACUGCCCCUUCCUGAAGUCUGUCCCACAUCCAGCUUUAAGAAGAUCUGGAGCUGCUUUGCUGUCCCUGGCAGACCAAUGUCCCAUCAUCGCUCGGCAGAUCACCGUGAGCGGCACGUCCUCUCUGGAGGCCAAGCUGAGCUCCUCGCCCACCAAACCCAACGGCCAGCUUCCAACAGUGGAGCAAAAGAGGAAGUUUGCUCAAACCGCAACUCAGGUGGCAGUGUCUGCAUCGAAGGGCUGCCCCUUCGUCAGCUCACAGAUUGGGAUGGUUAAAGCUAGCCCUGAGGUUCAGGAGGAUGUCAAAGAUGGUUUGAUGACCUCUCUGUUGAAAGGUAUAAAAGAGCCUGUGUUUUCAACUUCUCAUCAAACCAGCAUGGCCAUCCAACUCAAUGACAACAUGGUUGGACCCAGUUAUGAUUAUGAUAGCUUCUUCAAGGAAAUGAUUGAAGAGAAAAAGAAGGACCACACUUACAGAGUGUUUAAGACCGUAAACAGGAGCGCCAAGCAAUUCCCCCAUGCCGAGGAUUACUCCCUUUCUGGAAGAAAGGCCUCUCAGGUCUCAGUGUGGUGCAGCAACGACUAUCUGGGAAUGAGCCGGCACCCAAAGGUCCUUGGUGCCAUCAGAGACGCCCUGGAGAAUCACGGUGCAGGAGCAGGAGGGACCCGGAACAUCUCCGGCACCAGCAACUUCCACGUUUCCAUGGAAAACGAGCUCGCCCAGCUGCACAAAAAAGAUGCUGCUUUGGUGUUUUCCUCUUGCUUUGUUGCAAAUGACUCCACCCUCUUCACUCUGGCAAAAAAUCUCCCAGGCUGCGAGAUCUACUCUGAUGCAGGGAACCAUGCAUCAAUGAUCCAAGGCAUCAGGAACAGCAGGGCCAAGCGCUUCAUCUUCCGCCACAACGACAGCCGACACCUGGAAGAACUGCUGCAGCGCUCCGACCCGAAGACUCCAAAGAUCGUGGCGUUUGAGACUGUGCACUCUAUGGAUGGGGCCAUAUGUCCUUUGGAAGAGCUGUGUGACGUCGCUCAUCACUAUGGGGCCCUGACGUUUGUGGAUGAGGUCCACGCCGUGGGUCUGUAUGGAGCCCACGGGGCCGGAGUGGGAGAGAGAGACAACAUUAUGCACAAGAUUGACGUGGUUUCUGGGACCCUAGGAAAAGCCUUUGGUUGCGUGGGAGGCUACAUUGCCAGCAGCGCUGCCCUGGUGGACACGGUGCGCUCCUACGCAGCCGGCUUCAUCUUCACCACCGCUCUACCCCCAAUGGUCCUGGCAGGAGCUCUGGAGUCUGUGCGGGUCCUGAAGAGUCCCGAGGGCCAGGUGCUGCGUAGGGCCCACCAGAGGAAUGUGAAACUCAUGAGGCAGCUGCUCAUGGACAAAGGCCUGCCUGUCGUCAAUUGCCCCAGCCACAUCAUCCCCAUUCGGGUUGGCAAUGCUGAGCUGAACACCAAGGUGAGCGACAUUUUGCUGGAGAGACACAACAUCUACAUCCAGGCCAUUAACUUCCCCACGGUGCCUCGUGGGGAGGAGCUGCUGCGCCUGGCUCCGUCUCCCCACCACAACCCUAGCAUGAUGGAGGACUUUGUGGGGAAACUCAUGGAGGUUUGGCAGGAAGUGGGUCUGCCACUCAACAGCCUAGGCACGGCUUCCUGCAACUUCUGCGACCGCCCACUACACUUUGACCUCAUGAGCGAGUGGGAGAAAUCUUACUUCGGCAAUAUGGAGCCCCAGUACAUCACUGUGUCUGCUUAAAAACAAAGUCUAUGCUCUGUCUCGUCACAAGCUGCGCAGUCGAAGCAUAACUUUAAUGAGUGCUACCGGGUUUUCGCAGACGGGCAUAUUAAUGCACAGGCAAAAUUAAACUAAAACUAAAACCCAGUAUUUAUUUUUUGGGCUUUUCUGUAUUUUAUUUUUACAUAUAUAUAUAUAUAUAUAUUUUUGGCUUUUUAAUGAGUGUUUUCUGCCGUGAAUAUGAUUAAAGAAACGCCUCCAGCAUUUUAAAAACAUGAAACCUGCACAUUUGGCACUUUCUUAAAUCUCCUGUGUUAAGUGUUAAGACAGUUUGAAAUAAAUAUUCAGGUUUGCA